GGAGAAAGUGAUGCGGACGGGAUAUCAGGAUUUAACUGGGAACACAUUCUGACUUUUGAAGUAUAAUUUGGCACAGAAGACGUUUACUUUUUUUGAAAAGGGGUCUGGCACUUACGACUUUCACAUUCAAGGAACACUGAGCGUUCGCGUCGUUGUUAAAAAGAUUGUGAUAAUUGCCAGCUAGCUUGCUCCUACUUAGUUGGAUGAGGACAGCGAAACAUUACAGCAGGCAAAAUAGAGCAAGCUUGCAAUGUAAGUUUAGGACUGAAGUAGGUGGACUGAGCGGGGAAAGAAAGUUUGACGAUCACUUAUUCAGCUAGUUUCAAGCAAUCGACUUGCAAUAUGAAUGUCAAACUUUAACAAACAGACAAAGUCCAAGUUUAUUCUCUAGAACUGUUUUAUUUACGUAAACACUUAGCUAGCCAGUUAAGGUGCUGAGCUAACUUAGCAAGGUCUUAUGUUCGGGACUAGCUAACUCUCUAGCUGCCGAAACAAGGGACCAGACUUUUAUUAUAAAUUCUGUCAUUAGACUUGUUCACUAAGCAAACGUUGUGUGAUAUUUGUAACGGAAAGCAGGAAACCCAGUUUUGUCGAGGUAGCUGCUAACUUGCUGUGCAUUAAACUGGCUAGCAAGGUCGCUGAGACGCUUAACCAUUAGCGUAGUCACGUUAAUCCAGUUUACAUUUUUUAUGAAGGCAUCUGGUUAUCUACCGUUAUAUCUGAGCAAAAGGUAAAUCCAGAAAACUGAGCCGUGCUCUUUGUCUUAUUACUGUGGACCUGGAAUUGGACUCUUUUGGCCGAGUUUUAUUCAGUCACACGACAUGGCUCGCACUCCGGUUCAGAGUGGACUGCCGGGGAUGCAGAAUUUUAAAGCCGAUCCUGAAGAGCUGUUCACAAAGCUGGAGAAAAUCGGGAAAGGGUCUUUCGGAGAAGUGUUCAAAGGCAUUGACAAUCGGACUCAGAAAGUAGUGGCGAUUAAGAUAAUAGACCUGGAAGAAGCGGAGGAUGACAUCGAAGAUAUCCAGCAGGAAAUCACAGUCCUGAGUCAAUGCGAUAGCACCUUUGUCACCAAGUAUUAUGGCUCCUAUUUAAAGGACACAAAAUUAUGGAUUAUCAUGGAAUAUUUAGGGGGAGGCUCAGCGCUGGAUUUGCUGGAGCCCGGGGCUUUGGACGAGACGCAGAUUGCCACCAUCCUCAGAGAGAUCCUGAAGGGGCUUGAAUACCUGCACUCAGAGAAGAAAAUCCACAGAGAUAUCAAAGCGGCGAACGUGUUGCUGUCAGAACAAGGGGACGUGAAGCUGGCAGACUUCGGCGUGGCGGGACAGCUGACGGACACGCAGAUUAAGAGGAACACGUUUGUAGGCACGCCGUUCUGGAUGGCUCCUGAGGUCAUAAAGCAGUCGGCGUACGACUCAAAGGCAGACAUCUGGUCACUGGGCAUAACAGCAAUAGAACUGGCAAAAGGGGAACCUCCCCAUUCCGACCUUCAUCCUAUGAAAGUGCUGUUUCUCAUCCCAAAGAACAACCCACCCACACUGGAAGGAAACUACUGCAAACCUCUCAAAGAGUUUGUCGAAGCCUGUUUAAACAAAGAUCCCAGCUUUAGGCCAACUGCCAAAGAGCUGCUGAAACAUAAGCUAAUCGUACGAUACGCCAAAAAGACGUCGUACUUAACGGAGCUGAUUGACAGGUACAAGAGGUGGAAAGCCGAACAGGUUCGGGACGAAUCCAGCUCGGAGGAAUCCGAUUCGGAACAGGAUGGGCAGGCAUCAGGAGGAAAUGACUCCGGGAACGAUGACUGGAUAUUCAACACAAUCCGAGAGAAGGAUCCCAAGAAGAUCCAGAAUGGAGUUGCCCAGCCAGAAGAGCUGGACAGACAGCAGAGACAAGACAGCUCAAAGAGGCCACUGUCACAGAGCCUGUCCACCAUUAUCUCUCCACUGUUUGCGGAGCUGAAGGAGAAAGGCCAGGUGAGUAAGACCAAACCACAGACGCUGGAAGAACUGAGACAGGCCGUUUUCCUCGCUGAGGAGGUGUGUCCGGGGAUUGCGGACUCCAUGGUGACGGAGGUCGUGCGGAGACUCCAGAGGUACACUAUCUCACAAGGUGGAUCACAAUCUCAUAAGGGGUACUGAUCUGUGGUCAGCCGUCUUUCACUAACACAAAGAAGUGAAUGGGGAUUUUUUUUUUUAAGAAAAAAUCCUGAGCUUUACUUGAACUGAGUUUUUUUUCCCCCUUAAAUGAUGAGCAGUGACAUUCUGAAUCUGUAAAACAGCAUUCGUUUUGUUUAACCCAAGUAAACUACCCCCUCCCCCACUACACCCCCUUUUAAUGCACUGUCGUUUUAUCACACAAAAAAGUGCCAUGUCUUAUUUUACAACCCCCCCCCCCACCCCCACCCGUACACACACGCACACACACACACAGACAUUCUUGUUUUGUUAUUUGCACCUUGUGAGACUGUCUAGUUGAUUUCUUAAUUUGUUGCACUUUGUAAACAUGUCUUUAGGGUUUAAGGAGACCAGUACUUGAGGCUGUUGUCUUGUGUCACCUGUGACAUGAACGCCACUGUACUCUCAUGAGAACGGCAAUAAUUUAAUAAUUUGUGCUCAUCAGGACAUUCUCCUGCACGGCUGUAUUAUUAUGGAACAAAUCAACUGAAAAAAAUUCAAUAUUUUUGUAACGGUUAAGAGCAGUAUUAUAGUGGAAAAA